AGGUGAGAUGGAUUUGAAGCACGAUAGCGAUAAGCAAGAGCACGACGUGUUCAAAGACACGCCUGUCAGGUUCUUGGGAUAUGCCAACGAGCUCGGUGAAUCCUUUCGUCCUGUGGUCCCGCGGUCGUGGGUGACAGCCUCCUACGUCCUUGCGGGGUCAUACGUUCUAGCAGACACCACACACAAAUCGUGGGAGUCGAUGUCAGAUAAGCAGAAGCAUAGCUCUGACAGAAUGAAGAUGGCCAUCGAACGGGGGUUGGAUACAGCACUGUGGCAGGGGCUGGCAAGCAUAGCUAUCCCUGGAAUCGUCAUCAACAGAAUCGUGUGGGCGGCUUCGAAGGUCAAAGUUCCUGUCCGCUACAGGAGCAUCUUCCCUACGGCGAUGGGGCUAGCAAGCAUCCCCUUCAUUGUCACCCCGAUAGACUGCAUGGUUCACCAUGUGGCUGACUGCACGUACCGGCCUCACAUCAAGAAGGUUGCGGCGUUCGGCACCAGCCUGUUGCAUCCUCCCGGGCAGGAGAGAGGGUUCAGUACUGGGUCGGGAGCAGAGGGCGCUGACGCAUAAAGAGAUGAUCUUAGAUUGAAAUCAAUAAAUUCUACAGCUGGC